AUGACGCUAAACGGCACCAAAAAAGGAAAAAAACAGCAGCAACAAUUACCAUUACCAGUUAUACCAUCUCCAUUACCUCCUCAAUCACCAUUACCAGUUAUACCAUCUCCAUUACCUCCUCAAUCACCAUUACCAGUUAUACCAUCUCCAUUACCUCCUCAGUUACCAUUACCAGUUAUACCAUCCCCAUUACCUCCUCAAUUACCAUUACCAGUUAUACCAUCUCCAUUACCUCCUCAGUUACCAUUACCAGUUAUACCAUCUCCAUUACCUCCUCAGUUACCAUUACCAGUUACACCAUCUCCAUUACCUCCUCAGUCACCAUUACCAGUUAUACCAUCGCCAUUACCUCCUCAAUUACCAUUACCAGUUAUACCAUCUCCAUUACCUCCUCGAUUACCAUUACUGGUUAUACCAUAUCCAUUACCUCUUCAAUUGCCAUUACCAGUUAUACCAUCUCCAUUACCUCCUCAGUUAUCAUUACCAGUUAUACCAUCUCCAUUACCUCCUCAGUUACCAUUACCAGUUAUACCAUCUCCAUUACCUACUCAAUCACCAUUACCAGUUAUACCAUAUCCAUUACCUCCUCAAUUACCAUUACCGUUACCAUUACCAGUUAUACCAUCUCCAUUACCUCCUCAAUCACCAUUACCAGUUAUACCAUCUCCAUUACCUCCUCAAUUACCAUUACCAGUUAUACCAUCUCCAUUACCUCCUCAGUUACCAUUGCCAGUUAUACCAUCUCCAUUACCUCCUCAAUUACCACUACCAGUUAUACCAUCUCCAUUACCUCCUCAAUCACCAUUACCAGUUAUACCAUCAAAAUUACCUCCUCAAUUACCACUACCAGUUAUACCAUCUCCAUUAACUCUUCAAUUACCAUUACCAGUUAUACCAUCUCCAUUACCUCCUCAAUCACCAUUACCAGUUAUACCAUCUCCAUUACCUCCUCAAUUACCACUACCAGUUAUACCAUCUCCAUUACCUCCUCAAUCACCAUUACCAGUUAUACCAUCAAAAUUACCUCCUCAAUUACCACUACCAGUUAUACCAUCUCCAUUAACUCUUCAAUUACCAUUACCAGUUAUACCAUCUCCAUUACCUCCUCAAUCACCAUUACCAGUUAUACCAUCUCCAUUACCUCCUCAGUUACCAUUACCAGUUAUACCAUCUCCAUUACCUCCUCAAUUACCACUACCAGUUAUACCAUCUCCAUUACCUCCUCAAUCACCAUUACCAGUUAUACCAUCAAAAUUACCUCCUCAAUUACCACUACCAGUUAUACCAUCUCCAUUAACUCUUCAAUUACCAUUACCAGAUAUACCAUCUCCAUUACCUCUUCGAUUACCAUUGCCAGUUAUACUAUCUCCAUUACCUCCUCGAUUACUAUUACCAGUUAUACCAUCUCCAUUACCUCCUCAAUCACCAUUACCAGUUAUACCAUCUCCAUUACCUCCUCAAUUACUAUUACCAGUUAUACCAUUUCCAUUACCUUCUUGA